AUGAAAUUCGAAUACCUAGGAAUCGAGAUUUCAAGAUUUGGAGACGUAGAGAACGAAGUAAGAGAGAAAACAACUGAACCCUCAAGAAUAGCAGCAUGUUUGAACGAAACCAUAUGGCAAAAUAAGCAUAUCGAAAUAGAAGCCAAAUCGAGAAUAUACAAGGCCACGGUAAGACCCAUAAUGACAUACACCGCAGAGAUACGGACAGAAACGGCGAAAACCAAAAGAAUUAUUGAAAUAGCAGAGAUAAAAGUGCUACGCAGGAUAGCCGGAAAAACCCUACUGGACAGGGAAAGAAGUGAGAACAUCAGAAGAUUUUGCGAAAUAGAUGACGUCAACGAAUGGGUUCUAUCAAGAAAGAAAGACUGGAAUGAGCACAUAAGUCGUAUGGAUAACAACAGAGUGGUCAAGACAGCGCGCGAUAAAUUCCCAUUGAGCCGAAGGAGUACCGACCGAUUCAGAAAAAGGCGGAGCGACAACCUCGAAAUAGAAUAG